AUGGGAGAUUUUAUUGGUCAUAUAUGUCCUGGCUUGUUUCUGGUCUUUUAUGGACUGUAUAAAGCAAUAGUAGUCUCCAGAGCUAUGAUAUUCCAUGACUCUCUUCUGUAUCCUUCAUCCCUCUCUAAGAGUAAGGGAAGAUGGGACAGGCUGUGGCAAAUAGUCCAUACAGGCUGGUUGAAGACAGUGACUGGCUGCCUCUUGAUAGUUUAUGAGGUGAACUGUGUUGAAGGAGAGUUGAGAUUUAUGAACAAUGGGAUGCCACCCAGGUUUAUGUAUCCCAAGGAAUGGCAGCAUCUCACCAUGUUCAUCCUCCUCACCCUUGAUGGUUGUGUAGAAAUUGCGAGCAAGAACGUGCUGCGGCAGAGGUGUGUGAUCCUAGAAAGAGGUUCCACGGUCCUGGGCUUCUAUGUGCUCUUGAUGCUGCUGCUGUCACACAUUAAGGAUUCAUCUGGGGUGGAGCUGCAGGUUCACUCUCUCCUCAUUUUGGUGGUGUUCCUGCUGAUGCUGGUAUUGACUGCAGAGCUGUGGGAUCCUAAGAUGUUUCACCUCUGGAUGAUAGAGACCUUCCUGUUCCUGAUGAUGGGCUCGUGGCUGAUUCAGGCAGCCUUCAUUCUGUUUAGACCGAUCUCUGGCUAUCCAUGGGAAGAUGAUGACAUCAGUGACAUCAUGUUUGUCACCACCUUCUUCUGCUGGCAUGUGAUGAUCAAUGCCUUAUGCCUGUUGGGAAUCUAUGGCAUCUCUUCCUUUUGGCACUGCUUUUACAAUCCCAGCUUGAGACUGAUGGGGUCCAAGGAAGCGCUGUAUCAUGAGAGCUCUUCAGGAACAUUUUACAGGCUGCUGCAGGAGGCAGAGCAACAGGACAAAGAUGACCAGGCUCUUCUCCCUUCAAAGAGCCCUGACUGUGACAGGGCUUAG